AUGCCGUACUCCCUGACGUGGAGCCAGGGGACCGGGAACGCGCGGAGCUGGGGCAUGGCUAUUUCCCAUGUCGAAGAAAGUCAGAAGGUUUUCGGUGCAGCGAAUACUGCCAUUCCCGGCUCUCCAAACUCAUACUACAUCAACCCCCUGGGGAUACAGUCAAUCAUCCUGUCCGCAAGCGAAUUCGGUUCAAGCACGAUUCUCACGACAGAUUCCCUGCAGGCAUUCUCCGCAAAUGUCCAACUUCAGCCCUCUGCUGGGUCGUCUUCAACCCUCACUAUACCAGUGGUGCAAGGGAUGGGCUUUGUGACGGGAGAAUACUACAACCUCCAGCCGGCACUGCAGAGCAGCGUCUUUUUCAGAAAUGUUGCUGCCGCCGGACAGCCCAAACAAGGCGUGUACAAAUACAAGGUUACUUUGGAGGACGGGAAGGUCUGGCUGAUCUAUGCCAUCCCCUCACAUGGUAUCUCGCCAAACUUUCAGCUCGUCUCCAGUACUCUGCUUCAGGGAAUCUCCAACUGGUAUGGCGUGAUUCAGGUCGCGAAGCUGCCUGAUGCAAGUCAGGAAUCAAUUUAUGACCGCGCAGCUGGCGCAUACCCGACAGCGGGACACAUUGGGGGUUAUGCACAUGGUUCUAAAGCACAGUACAGUCUCUCAUGGAGCAAAGGUGGUUCAUUCGCCGGCAAUGCAACCCUGCUCAUGUUCGCCCUGCCUCAUCACGUUGACUCUUUUGACAACAUCACCCAGGCCGCGGUCACAAAGUUGCAACUCAGUACGACCACCAACGGCAACGCCACGGCCGUGGUAGCGGACUAUUGGGUAUUGGAAGAGGAUGGGUUGCCCACAACUCUGGACUUUGCGCCAUGGAGACCAGCCAGCUCGACGCAGAGCUUGGUUGCAAUGUCAUCAGCAGCCAUUGCCGCCAUUCAAAGCGUAGCUGCCACCGAGGCUUCACAAAACAUGUCUGCUCAGACCAACCUCAACAGCAUGUACUACAGUGGAAAAGCUCUAAGCAAGUUUGCGACUCUCGUGUAUACGAUGCACGAUCUUACCGACCAACAAGAUCUGGCCAAGUCUGCCUUGCUUGAGCUCGAGGCUUGCUUCGAAGUCUUCGCUCAGAACCAGCAACAAUAUCCUCUGAUUUAUGAUACUGACUGGAAAGGCUUGGUAUCGUCGGCAAGCUAUGUGACUGGCGAUUCGGGAGUGGACUUUGGCAAUUCGUACUACAACGACCAUCACUUUCACUAUGGCUACUUCCUUCACGCAGCAGCCGUGAUUGGUUACCUCGAUCCCACCUGGCUCACGAACAACAAAGACUAUGUGAACGCGCUGGCCCGGGAUGUGUCAAAUCCAAGCGCGCUGGACCAGUAUUUCCCUGUGUUUCGAUCAUUUGAUUGGUAUCAUGGGCACUCCUGGGCCAAAGGUCUCUUUGAAUCAGGUGAUGGCAAGGACGAAGAGUCGUCAUCCGAAGAUGCCAUGUUUGCAUAUGGCUUGAAGAUGUGGGGCAAGACCAUUGGCGAUGCCUCGAUGGAAGCCCGUGGCAACUUGAUGCUGUCCGUUCUUGCGCGUAGUCUUCAAAGCUACUUUCUCAUGACGUCCGACAAUACGAAUCAACCCGAGGAGUUCAUUGGCAACAAAGUGACGGGCAUUCUGUUUGAGAAUAAAGCAGAUCAUGUCACUUACUUUGGCACGGAUCUCAGCUAUGUUCAGGGCAUUCACAUGAUCCCGAUCAUGCCAUUCUCGACCUUGACGAGAACAGAGAAAUUUGUAACGGAGGAAUGGUCAACGUACUUUGCCGAUGGCGCGGUGCGACAAGCCUCAGACAUUACUGGUGGCUGGAAAGGUAUUGUAUAUGCAAAUUUGGCGAUAAUUAACCCGAAAGCAGCAUACAACUUCUUCACGCAAUCCGAUUUCGACAUGAGCUGGAUCGAUGGGGGAGCCAGUCGAACAUGGUACAUCGCAAUGAGUGCCAUGCUCGGUGGUGCUUCCUGA